GUCACAACCAUGGCAACUUCUAAUUAUGCAACCCCCAAGUGGUGGAAAGAAGCGGUGGUCUACCAAGUUUACCCCGCAAGUUUCAUGAGCAGUAAAUCUGCAGCACAGGCAGAUGGCUGGGGCUGUGUGCGUGGCAUUACCGAGAGAGUGCCUUAUUUGAAAAGUCUUGGAGUCGACAUUAUCUGGACAAGCCCUAUUUACAGGUCUCCGCAAGUUGAUAUGGGCUAUGAUAUCGCUGAUUAUAAUUCAAUUGACCCUCGCUAUGGAACUUUGGCCGAUGUCGACUCGCUGAUCGAAACCCUCAAGAAACACGAUAUGAAGCUCAUUAUGGACCUCGUUGUCACACAUACCUCAGAUCAGCAUGACUGGUUUUUGGACUCUGCUCAGUCAAGGGAUUCUCCAAAGCGCGAUUGGUACAUCUGGAAACCAGCACGCGGAUACGACUCGGCGGGGAAACCUUUACCUCCGAAUAAUUGGGCCCAGAUUCUGAACGAUUCCCAGAGUGCGUGGACUUGGAAUAGAACAAGCCAAGAGUUCUACUUGACUCUCCACACACCGGAGCAAGUUGAUUUGAACUGGGAAAAUCCUGAUGUUGUCGCUGCUGUUCACGAUGUCAUGCACUUCUGGCUACGCCGCGGUAUCUCUGGAUUUCGAAUGGACGUAAUCAACUUGAUUUCCAAGGAUCCGUCCUUCCCUGACGCUCCAGUCAUUGAACCAAACUGCGAGUUCCAACCCGGCGAGCGGUUCUAUACCAAUGGGCCGCGUUUCCACGAAUUCAUGCAUGGAAUAUAUGACAAUGUUCUGUCAAAGUAUGACACUAUCACUGUGGGGGAAACGCCAUAUGUCAGUGAUAUGAGCGAAAUUAUCAAAACGGUGGGAUCAACAGCUAAAGAACUGAACAUGAUUUUUAUCUUUGACCACAUGGAAAUUGCGGAUAUCAAGACCAAAGGAGAAUCAAAAUGGAGUUUGCGUGACUGGAAAUUGACAGAGCUUAAACAAAUAUUGUCCGGUUGGCAAAGGAAGAUGAUCGAAUGGGAUGGAUGGAAUACGGUCUUUCUAGAGUGCCACGAUCAAGCUCGGUCUGUUUCACGCUAUGUAGAUGAUAGCGACAGGUUCCGCGCGCGUGGUAGCAAGCUACUUGCGCUUCUGCAGUCGACUCUCGGCGGAACCUUGUAUCUCUAUCAGGGUCAAGAGAUUGGGAUGCGAAACUUUUCAGCCGAAUGGGAUCCGGAUGUUGAUUACAAGGAUGUAGAAAGCAUCAACUUUUGGCAGAAGACGAAGAAGCUCUAUGCCGAUGAUCCGAUGCAAAUGGACAAGGCAAGAGACCUUCUUCAGAAAAAAGCCAGGGAUCACGCCCGAACGCCAAUGCAGUGGAACGACGAGCCCAAUUCAGGAUUUGCAGGGCCCAACGUGAUACCCUGGAUGAGAGUGAAUGAUGACUUCAAAACAGUGAACGUGAAAGCGCAGAUGGAGUCCCAGGAACGAGACCUGUCUGUCUGGCAAUACUGGCAGCUCGCUCUACGGGACCGCAAGACUCAUAGGGAUGUCUUUGUGUAUGGUGAUUACCAGGACGUGGACUUUGAAAACGAGCAGGUUUAUGCAUAUUUAAGGACAGGUGCUCAAACAAAACAAAAGUGGUUGGUGGUGAUGAACUGGACUGGCGAGGAUGUUGCCUGGAAAAUCCCUACAUCGAUAGAAGUCGAUUGGAUGGCUUCUUCAUCGCUCCAAAGGAGAAUUCCAAUCGAAGAGGGUGCAAAUGUCAAGCUUCAGGCCUGGGAAGGUGUUAUGAUGUGCUGCAAAUAG